AUGCGUACUUUAAUUGUGCUAUCCGCUGUGAUCGCAGCUGCUUUUGCUUUAGUGGAGCAAGAUCCUCUACUUGAUGCUUUGAUCUGCAACGUUUGCGUGGACAUGGUUACGAAGGCAGAAAGUGCUGGCUUAGACUACAGUGAAAAUUGGUUGAAAAACAAGUUUGAUGAGGCUUGUGAACAAGUUGGUGUCUUCAAAACUAUAUGUGUCAUAGCCUUACAAUAUGUAAUGACUGACUUAGACAAACAUAUCCGUGGGGCUCUUUCACCAAGAGCUGGUUGCGAGAAAGUUACACUGUGCAAAAAAAACUAA